GUCCAAUAUUACCAUAGCGGAGAGAAACCGUUCUCGUGUGACCAGUGUGGCAAAAAGUUUGUUUACUCGCGUUACCUGUGGCACCACAAACGCCGAUGCCAUGACCAUAAGGCGCCUGAAAAGGUAUACUUCAGGGCGUCUGCGUAGUUUACCCCUAGCAUUACAAAUUAAAAAUAAUUUUAAGAAUCUGGCAAGCCUUAAUGCCACACAAGUACUUAUUAAAGAGGAAACGGGGUUGAAUGAUAAUAAUAUACAGAUGGAAGAUAAAGGGGAAUUUGACAAAAAUGAUGAAAGCAAUUUAGAUUCGAACAUUGAUAUAAGAUUAUUAUCUGAUAAACUCACGCUAGCUUUACCGGAUUCAGGUUUCUGCAAACAUUGUAGGAAAUCUUUUGAGAACGAGGAUGAACAUCAAAAAUUCGUAAAUGAUUUCGAAAAGAAGAGAUACUACUGCAGAAAUCACCCGUCAUGUUCUGGAAAGUUCACACGACACGAACUCAUUCAACACUGCAUUGAUAGCGGGAUCCAUAUACCGGACGUUUCGAAAUUUUUCCGCAAAGCCCGUAGCAAGACUCCAAGGAUCCAGAACUUAGAAGGCGAGCCGUGUGAAAUUUGCUUCGAAAUGUUCCCAAUCAAAAACGUGCUAGAGGAUCAUUACAAUAUCCACGAAGACCAAUACUUGUGCGAAGUGUGCAAUAGAGGUUUCAAAAAGAUAAUGGAUUAUGUAUGCCACAUGCAGGAGCAUAGUGGCCACAGGAUGUACGAGUGUCCUGUAUGUACAGAACGUAAAGAAAAAGUGUACCAGAUGCGACUGCACUUAAUUCGAACGCAUGACCAGUUCAAACCAUACAAGUGCAACGUGUGCGAAAAGCGGUUUUCGUUCUACGCCAUCUAUCGCGAGCACGCCAAGUAUUUUCAUACGGGAGAGAAACGAUUCGUUUGCGAUCAGUGCGGAAAAAGGUUCAUGUACUCCUGGUACUUAAAUUCCCACAAACAGCUCGAUCACAACGAACCAAAGGAACCAACUAAAUGCCCCCUCUGUCCCGUCAAGUUAUCAUCAAAAAGAUAUUUGCAAAGGCAUCUUCGGGCCCAACAUCGUCAGGCUCCCUGCGUUUGCGACGUUUGCGGAAAGGAUUUCAAAAGCAAACAAAACCUUAACAUUCAUCUAAAAAUGCACAAGGGUGAUAAAAGGCACAAAUGUUCGUAUUGCGAUAAAAUGUUCUUGAAAUCGGGUGCCAGAAAGGAACAUGAACGGGUUCAUACAGGCGAUAAACCGUAUAAGUGUACCUUUUGUACGAAAGGGUUCACGCAAAGGAACAGUUUAGUGAUUCACUUCCGGAGUCAUACCGGUGAACGUCCUUACGUUUGUCAAAUCUGUAGUCGCGGAUUCGUUUCGAAAACUGCUUUAGUGAAUCAUCUGAAAAGCUGUAAAGGAAGGGUUGAUCUUGACUAAUGAUUAUAAACUAUGUUUCUUUUGAUUUCCUAGUUUUCCCUCCUCCCUCAUAAAGUUUCACUGCGUGGAUUUAGUGAAAACCAUUUGUUAAUAAUUAGAAUUUAGAAUAGAAAUUUAAAAUAACGCCAUAUAACGAUGCCAAAAAAUGUACCUUGCGUUCAAAUACCUAACCUACAAAAUAAAUGCACCUUUUAUUAAUGUUAAGAUUCUAGCAUAAUGUCUCACUUUAGCACCUUAAUAUUAAUUAAGGAGAUGCUACAAUAUUUCUUUUAACUUUACGUAAUCUUAAUCAUCCAUGUAUUCUAAAGUCAUUAUUUAAGUUACAAAAUCAAGUACGAUAUAAUGAGUUAGUACUUAAUAGGUGUAGAAGUAGAUUUUAUUAAUAGAAUUGUAAUAUUUUUGCUUCUUUUGUAUUGAAAAAAAUAAAAUAUCAAAAAAAAAUAUAUACUUCUUUGGUAUAUUGGGCGGAUGUGUAGUUUACGACAACAGUUGUGAAGUUAGCCCCGCAACAUGACUAACUUUAGCAGUGCUGCCAACAUUUUCUUUUGUUGUUAGCAGCAUUGUAAUGAUUGAAGCCAGUUUUAUUUACUUAGUGUUUAUCAGUUAAUAUUUAAAAUUAAUU